CUUUAACAAAAGUUCAGAGUCCGAAAAAUUCUUCGAGGCUUCAAAAUGGAUCUGAGGAAGCUGGCUGCGGACGCAGUGUCCCAGAAUAAGAAAGCCGCUCUUCUGAUCGGCGGAGCCGGAGUUGCAAUUCUGGGACUCGGUCUCGGAUAUAAAUACCUGCGAAAGCCAGAAAAAGCUGUUCGUGUGGGCGUAGUGUCGCAGCUCCUCAUUCACCCUCUCAAGUCUGGCAAAGCGGUGCCUUUGGCGCUUGCAGAGUGCCAGAAAAUGGGGCUGAAGUUCGGAGAGCUGCAGGAUCGACACUGGAUGGUGGUGACAGAGGACGGUCACAUGGUGACAGGCAGACAGGAGCCACGUCUGGUUUUGGUGUCUCUCACCUGUGAGGGAGGACAGGUUUGCUUAAACGGACCAAACAUGGAGGAACUGAAGUUCCCCAUCAAACAGCCCGACAACCCCGUCCUCGACUGCAGAGUGUUUGGCGUUGACAUUCAGGGCCGGGAUUGUGGUGACAAAGUGUCUCACUGGCUUACUCAUUACUUUACGGCAGAGAAAACUUAUCGCCUGGUGCACUUUGAACCUUGCAUGAGGCCUAGAAGUACAGCUGAGAAACAAUUUGAGGAGGUGGCCUACCCAGAUUUUGCACCUGUGAUGCUGCUGUCAGAGGCCUCUGUUAAGGAUCUCAGCAGCAAGUUAGAGAAGGGAGUCACGGUUGAGCGCUUCCGCCCCAACAUUGUGAUAAGUGACUGUAAACCAUUCGAUGAGGAUUCGUGGGAAGAGCUCCAGAUUGGCAGCGUGCGACUGCAGCGUGUAAUGGCAUGUGGAAGGUGUCUUUUCACCACAGUCGAUCCAGAGACUGGUGUAAUCAGCAGAAAAGAGCCUCUGGAAACACUGAAAAACUAUCGCAUGUGCAAACCAUCUGAGAAGCACAUCUACAAAACGUCUCCACUGUUUGGACAGCUGCACAACGUGAAGAAGACGGGCAUCUUUCAGGUUGGCGAUGUGGUUUACAAGAUCACCCGCUGAUAGAAGGC